GGCACUGGCUGGCGGAGCUGCCCGGCUGCCUCUCCGGACCCAGUGGCUUUGGGAAAGCCCGCCGUUGCUGCCGGCGUCCCGGGCUAUUGGCAGCCGGAACCUCGUUGGGGCUUGUCCUCAGUUAAAACAGCUUGCAGCAGCAGUAGCAGCUCAUGCCCAACCCGCGGUCCCCACUACUCCUCCAGCAUAGGCAUCCUGGCCAGUGCGCUGGUGGUCCUUCUCUUAAGUGUCUCUAUUUCCCUGUGUCCUUUUCAGCGUCUUUCCCUCUCUUUGUUGCUAUCUCUCCCUCUCACCUCCAGUUCUGAUCUGCAGGUAGCCAGCCCCUAAGGGUCGGGGCUUGAAGAACACUCAGACCCCUACCCUGGUUGCCCGCUGACCCAUCCUCAGCCGGGCUUCAGGUCCGCACCCGGUUGCGCCCAGCUGCGACUGCUGCGUGCCGCACUUCUGGCCGCAGCCGCCCCGAGGUUCCCUCCCACCUAGACUCCCACGCCUCCAGUGCGCCCCCCGUCCCCACCUUCUCCUUCCUCUCCUCCUCCUCUUUCUCCUACUCGCUCAGCCCGCAGUCCCCACCCCCUGUGCCCUCAGGGGGGGCACCCCCAGGGGGUGGGAGGGUGGUCAGCCGUGCCCAGGUCGCCAAGUGGCGGAGAGGUGACGGUAACCGCCUUCCUAUUUCCGCUCAGCCGGGUGGUGGGGUGUAUGUGUGUGCGCGUGUGUGGCAGAGAGAACGAGAGCUACGAGAGACACUGAGAGGGAGAGAGAGCACCGAGGGAGAAAGAGAGAGAGAGAGGAGUUUCUGCCUUGCUCGAUCCUUCUCCCACUCACGGGAGCAUUGGAGCAGGGCCCGUCCUCCCGCCCCACUUACUUCCCCUCCCUCCCCCCAGCAUCUAGCAGCGUCUCAGUCACUUGGGCGCAGCAGGUUGGGGCAGGAGGCUCCAACGCCUGCUGCCUGCCUGGAAAAUGGUUACUCCGGCCGGGGAGCUUGCACUGAUCGGGCUAGGUAUUUUAUUAGCUGUGUGCCAGGCCUUGGAGAAUACAACAUCUGCCUUGAAUGGUCCCCCUAUGGCAGCUGCCGUGGUUUCCCAUUUUAAUGAAUGUCCAGAUUCCCACAGUCAAUUCUGCUUUCAUGGAACCUGUAGGUUUUUGGUGCAGGAAGACAAGCCAGCAUGUGUCUGCCAUUCUGGGUAUAUUGGGGCACGGUGUGAACAUGCAGACCUCCUUGCAGUGGUGGCAGCAAGUCAGAAGAAACAGACCAUCACUGCCUUGGUGGUAGUUUCCAUAGUAGCCUUGGUUGUCCUCAUUGGGGUCUGUGUCCUAAUACACUGCUGUCGGAUAAGGAGGCCUUGCGAGUGGUGCCGGGGCUUCAUCUGUCAGCAUGAGAAGCCCAGUGACCUCUUGAAGGGAGGAACAACCUGUUGCCGCUCAGAGACAGUGGUCUGAAGGAAGGACACCUGGGAUCCAGCCAGUUGGACUGCUGCUGCCUGAAAAAGGAGAAAGGACUCUUCUCAAGAAGUGCAUUUUCCAUGGAAGCAAGUAUUGCUGGGAACAUACUAGCAAGCAUAUUUUUCUGCAUUGCCUCAAAAACUUCUGCGCAUCCUCUUUAUUAUUUGCUGGGCUUUCAGAACUCGUCAAGAAUUCCAUCUGCCUGGAGUUACUUGUUUGUGAACUAAGGAUGGAAAUCGACAGACAUGUAACCCUUAAGACUGUGUUGUUGGAGCUGGAUGACAAAAUGGUCACAGAAGGAACUGCAGAAAGGGUCAGCUUCUUGUUUACGUAGCAAAGUUUGGUGCAGGUGUGGAGGUGUUUGCAUUAUCUGCAGGUGUGAGUGUGUGUGCUACCUGGGACGAAUUUCGAUUUGAAGUUCUUCCUUCCUCUUUUCCCAUUCGUGCUUCAUUUUUGUCUUAUGAUGAAAUCAUUGGGCCAUACCCAUGACCUCUUUAUGGUGUUUGGGAAUCCACCUGGAACCAUGAGGUUCCUUCAAGUUGUUACAGUUCUGUCUCAUCUGUUUGAAGAGGGGAAGGGAGUAAAAUGGGGUUGCUGCUUACAAUUAUGGAAAGACAACUCAUCCUAAGAGAAAUUGUCUUUUCUAGCUACAGAACCUUUAACACUCGAACCCUCCAGAUGUGUCCAUGUAUAGAAAGACAUUGUAAACUCACUACUGCUAUUUUUUCCAUGGCAAUAAUUUCUAAUUUAUUAGAUAACUAAGGAUUUUCAUUUUUAAUCUCAAAUCAGUGUAAACACACACACACACACACACACACACACACACACACACACACACAUACACCCAACCUCUUUAGAUUUUCUACUUCUGCUGUGUUUAGUUACAGGUAGAAGUUAUAGCUCAUAAAAAAUGUAUUUGCAUCUUUUGGUCAGGGGAGGUAUUUCAAGCGUCCUAAUCAUUAAUCUUUGGGGAGGAAGACCAUGAACGAUAUCACAGAAAAAAACAAAGCAUGACUGAAGUUUUCAAGUGGAGCUUUCAGAUACUAAGCCAUCCAUGGGUUCAGUCUUAGGUGGGAUAACUGGCAAGAAAGAAACAGGAAGCUCAUCCCCUCUGGAGAGAAAGUGAGUGGCCAAGAGAUUCAUGCCUGUGUGUAUAGGAUAAGGAUACUCUGGUAUGUAUAUAGAAGAUUACUAACUUUAAAAAAAUAAUAAUGUUGACCACCCCUGGAGAAAUCUUGGUUGUAUUUGGAAACUGCUAGUUGGCUGAGCAUCCUUGAAUUUUCAGGUCAGAUCCAGGAAAAGGAGAGACAGUCAUUAUUUUCCAUGUUGGCUUUUUUAAAAAUUGGUAACUUUUACUUUUCCUAUUUUUUUCAAGCCAUUAACCAAAACAUUCUGGUGAUUUUUCUGUUUUCCAUUAAGGACAACUAUUUUUUUUUAAUAAAUGUCAAUGAAGUCUCCUCACCCCUUCUGAGCCACACUUUUCCCUCAGAAGACAGCAAGGUACUCUUGGCUUAGGAUGCAGUUACCAUCCCUGAAUGAACAGUGGUAGAUAUCUUGUAUAUCACUAGACUUUGUUAGUUAAAAUUUCAAGAUAGAAUUAUAAUGAGGUAGAUAUAUAUAUAUGUUAAUUUACUGUACCAUAUACAAGGAUACUAUUUAUUCAUUAGUCUUUGGAAAAUGAGAGACUUAUACUCUUCCAUACAUUCUGCUCCUCCAGUCUUCAAAGGAUUCUAUUAAGUCAAGAUACUUGGAAAUGUUCCUAUCACAGACUCCUUCCCGGACCUCAUUCUCUUUCCCUCUCCAGUCCCCCACCCUUGUCUCAGUUUAAUUCUAUUUGGUUUUUUUAAGAACUGAAAUAAUUAUACCAUCACCCAUUUCUUAACCUUGGAACAUCAAUUGUUUCCUUUAUUAGCAUAGCUGGAAUCUAUGAAAUUAAGAUUGAGAAGCUAAUCUGUUCUUUCCCCAAAUCCUCCAGUUCUCCAUGUGAUCCGAGAGAUAUGUGUCCUAAAGGCAGGACUUGCGGGGGGGUGGGGGUGUGUGGAAAAUUUGCUACUAAAGGCUUUUCCAACUCUAGACCACCCUCUCCCCUCUUCUACCCUGAAACUGUCAAAUAAAAUGUCAGCUUCAAAUUUGCAGGCAAGGACCCUGAGCCUUUCUCUGAAACAUGUGGAUUGGACUGAGGAACACCCACAGCAUCUUUAUUCAGAACCAGACCCAGACCCACAAGGCAUUUUGUUAUUUUACAUUCUUCCUCUCCAUUCUAGGAACAUCCUAGGAGGUUGAGAUGACUGUACAGGGGAGAGACUCAAAAGUUCAGGGUUUGGUUUUUUUAAGUUAUAAUUUGAAAAUAGAUUUAUAAUAGUGUUUUUAGAUUGGGCCAACAUUUUCAUUUUAGGCAAAUUUGUCUCCUCAUAGUCUAGCAAAGGCUAUUGGAGCUCUGUUUUCCUUUUUAAACAAUUUUUUCAAGUACCAAUAUGAAGUAUUUGUUUUCCUAGAUGGACUAACAAAUCUAGUCUGUGGGAUUUGGUGGUUCUGCUUGUAAGUAGUAUUUUCUCUUUGUGUAAUUCUAUCCCCGUUAUCUGUAUGUUCUCUAAUAAGCAUCUGCAUGCCUUCCUGGUUGCUAGGGUUAGUUAUCAUUCCAAGUCAACUGUGUACAUGCAGACAGUGAAACCAGGUGGAACUUUGGCUUUCUAUAAAAGGAUCCUGGCUUUGGAUCAGUUACUGCUUUGAUUCUCAUGUCAUGCCAGUGCCCUCAUCCUGAAUUGUGAUAGAAUGUCCAUUCACCCCAUGGCUUUGAUCUGUCCCCUAAAUGCACUACUGGACUAGCCACACAGUAAGCACCACCUACUAAAUGCUUGUUUGGUAUUAUCUUAAAAGACUCUAGGAAAGAAACGAUUUAGAUGAGUAAGGACUUGAGGCUUUUCUCAGGGAGAGGAAUACAGAGGUCUUUCCUCUCCACAACUCUGUAAAGGACCUGGGGUUGAAUUAAUAGCCUUCUCCUCCAUUUUGGGCUCAUUUAUUGGUGAUUCCUUGCUCAGAAAUGGGAUAACUGAUGAGCACUAGACUAAUGUACCAUCCAAGGCAGUGAUACUUCUCUCUUUGACUGUAAAAAUGUCAUGUUGAGGUAUAAGUCCAUUCCGUGCCUUCCUGUGAGCCUCUACAGGUUCUAUACUACUGGCUUCAGAAGAUCAAAUAUCCAGUAGGAGUUUGAAUCCUCAAGGCCACUAGGCUAAUGCUCUGGACAGAACCAACAUUGGGAUCCAUAGAUCCUCCGUGUCUGAUUGGGGAACUAGUGAAAAGUCACUAGGCAAAAAGGGUUCAAAGAUCCCUGGAAAACAGAGCCCAAUUAUCCAGCAUGACCCAAUGGCAUGGACCCACCUCUUCCUGUUCAUUAAACAUGGUGCAAUCCAAGUGAUACAUUGGCCUGAUUUGGUGUUUCAACUCAGAUGACAAUCCUGAGCCAGAAGAGUGGUGCCUCCUUUGGCACAUGGACCAAGGAAUGGGAUUGUGAUUUGACCUCAGAAAGGGAGCUGGAAUAUUGAAGCCCUUUUCCAAAAGAGAAUCUAGAUAGGCUUUUGAUGGCUGACAUUUCCUGCUCCCACACUGGGCUUAAGAAGUCUGUCUUUACUACUUCUUCUGGGGAGACUUUCCAUAGUCAGUUGUAGGAAGGGCAUUGCAUCAAUAAGCUAGUCUUCUGGGGACAGUGUUUUCAGUGUGUGUAUGGGCUGUUUGUUAUUUACCCACACAAUGUUGCCAGGGACAGACAUCAAGUUUCCAGGCCUUGAUGUCUCCCACCCUGCCUAGCCAAGGGGGUGGAGACUAUUCCAAGGCCCAAAGAGAGACCCAAGGUAUCCAUUUGCACCAAUGAUGUAAGCACUUAUGUUAAUGUUGAAAUGUUCUCCAGGGCAAACCCUAGCUCUUCUCAGUAACUGAGGAAGCCAGUCUUUCUGAAAGGUCCUCCUACUAUCCAGAACAGACAGAAAGACCGACAGCUGCCCACACUCAGAGCUAAGAACUACUUCUUGUAGCUUUUUACUAACUAACCCAUCCUGAAUCUGUUCAACUUAUCAUUGUCUUUAUUAAGUUUAUUUAACCAGCCUGAUGCUUUUUAGUCAUGGUAACUCUCUUCUGUAUAUGUUGCACUGAAAAAAGUUAAUAUUUAAUGUUUUAAUUUAUUUUGUGUGGUAAAUUAAUUUUGAUCUCUGUAAUAUGUUAAUGUGAUUGGCAGUUCUUUUCCUCAGUAUCCAAGUUAGUUAUUUAAAGAGGAGCAAGCAAUAUAAAAUACAGUUGUUUGUGUUUUUCCAGAAAUGUGCACUGUGGUUUGAUUGUACUGUAUCUUGUUUUGAAGGAUGAAGGAAUGAACUCUUUUUUUGUUUUUCUAAAA